AUGGACAGCGGUGUGCCUCCCCGCUACAGAGACCUCCCUCUAAUCAUCAACAUCCUGGACGUCAAUGAUAACACACCCGUCAUUGAGAGUCAGGUGGGCUACAAUGUCAGUAUCAGCGAGAAUGUGGGAGGCGGUACGUCCGUCCUGCGCGUGGUGGCCACAGACCGUGACAUCGGGCCCAACGCCAUGCUCUUCUACUACAUCACCUCGGGUAACAAGGAUCUCACCUUCCGGAUGGACCGCAUGACCGGUGAGAUGGUGACACGACCAUCCCCACCUGACCGCGAGCGCCAGCAGGAGUACCGGCUGAUCAUGAUGGUGGAGGACGACGGCACGCCGUCACUAUCGUCAUCGACUACCAUCUACGUGCGUAUAGUGGAUGAGAACGACAACGCGCCAGAGUUUCCAGAGGAAGAGUAUGUGACGGUGCUGAGCGAGGGCCCCAACACCGUGGGUGCCAUUAUUGCCACGGUAACCGCCAUCGACCCAGACGAGGGCCUCAAUGGCACUCUGCGAUAUGCCAUCGACCACGGAAACCUGGACAUCACCUUCCACAUCAAUCACACUACCGGACGGAUUGUUGCAGUGAAGGAGCUGGACUUUGAGAUCAGCAAUGGACACUACGCACUUAUCGUCACAGCAACGGACCAGUGUCCUAUCCAUGCCCUCCGCCUGACUUCCAGCACCACGGUGUUGGUGAAUGUCCUGGAUGUGAACGAUGUGACCCCCACCUUCACCAAGCCCUAUGAGGGGCCCUUUGAGAUAACAGAGGGCCAGCUGGGGCCUCGAGUCUGGACCCUCAAGGCCAUCGACCUGGACUCUGGGCUCAACGGCAAAGUGGAGUACAGCAUCACUGCCGGAGACCCCCAGAAUGAGUUUGUGGUAUCUCCAGUGGAGGGAGAGCUGCGUGUGAGGAGAGAUGUGGAGCUGGACAGAGAGACCACACCCUUCUACAACAUCACUGUCAUGGCCAAAGACCUGGGCAAACCACCACGCAUCAGCAUGGUGGUGGUGGGUGUCCAGGUGCUGGACAUCAAUGACAAUGACCCCAUGCUGUUGAACCUGCCCCACAACACCAGUGUGAGAGAGGGGGCGUCCAUCCACACCUCGGUGACCACGGUCCAAGCACGGGACAUGGACAGUGGACGCAAUGCCCUGCUCACCUACAACAUCACUGCCGGAAACCACGAUGGAGCUUUCUACAUCAAUGACACUACAGGGAUGGUGCAGGUGAACAGGCCUCUGGACAGAGAAAGGGUGGGGGAGUACAGACUGACCAUCACUGUUAAAGACAACCCUGAGAAUCCCCGCAUCGCUCGCCGGGACUCAGACAUGCUGGUGAUCACAGUUCUGGAUGAUAAUGACAACAGGCCCAUAUUCACACAGACCAGCUACCGGGCUGAGAUCACUGAGAACUCCCCCUCAGGCAGUGCUGUGUCAGUGUUGAAUGGACCAGUGUUGGCUGAGGACAAAGACAUUGGGCCCAACGCUGUGGUCAGGUACCGUCUGCUGGGAACAAGACUGGACCUCUUCACUGUGGACUCUGAUACAGGUGUAGUUCGUGUGCGACAGAAGGCUCUGUUGGACCGCGAGGCGUUUGUGGAGCCGCGGGUGGAGCUGCUCCUGGUGGGGGAGGAUGUGGGAGGACUCAACAGCAGCGUGCCCCUCACUGUGACAAUCAUGGACCAGAACGACAACCCUCCUGUCUUUAACCCCCCCAGCCUCACUGUGCACCUCCCUGAGAACAGCCCCACUGGUGUGGUGGUGACCCAGCUGUCUGCCAGUGAUGCUGAUUCAGGCUCUAAUGCCUGGCUGCUUUACCGGCUGGAGAGCGGUGCCCAGGACCGCUUUGUAGUUGACUCCCUCUCUGGUGCCGUCCUGGUGGGAAACUCCACCCUUGACCGCGAGGAGCGUGGCUCCUACCGCCUGGUUGUCGUGGCUACUGACCGUGGCACACCCUCAUUGUCGGGCACGGCCACCCUGUCGGUCAUCCUGGAUGAUGUCAACGACUCACGACCACGUUUCCUGGAACCCGUGACAACUAUUAACAUAAAUGAGUCUACACCACCAGGCGUGGUGGUGGCAACGCUCACCGCGAAGGACCCUGACCUACGACCCCGGCUGGAAUAUUACAUAAUCUCUGUGGAGGCGAAGGAUGAUGGAAAUAACCCUGUUGUUGGGCUGCAAGAGUCAUUCGGCAUCGAUUUCCACACGGGUGCUGUGUUUGUGCGUAACCCACUCAACAGAGAGCUGGUGGCCACCUUUGAGAUUCUUGUGUCGGUGCAUGACAACGCCAGUGAUGUCAUCGACAUGUCAGUCAGCGUACCUAAUGCGAGACUGAUAGUGAACGUGCUGGAUGUGAAUGACAACGCCCCGCGGUUCAGACCCUUUGGAGUGGCCAACUUCUCAGAGAAGAUUCUGGAAGGCGCUCAGCCAGGCACCACUCUGCUGUCCGUGUCAGCUGUGGACCCAGACAAAGGCCCUAACGGACAGGUCAUCUACCAGCUGCUACACCUGCCCAGAGGGGACUACCUCAGACUGGAGGACCCAUCAACUGGUAAGAUCGUAGCCUACCGGACGGUGGACUUUGAGCAGGUACAGUGGCUGAACUUCACAGUGAGAGCCCAGGACCACGGCAGUCCACCCAAAGUGGCUGAGCUUCCUGUCUACCUUCGUAUAGUAGAUGUCAAUGAUAACAACCCUAUCUUUACACAACCCUCUUACCAGAAGCCAGUGUUUGAGGAUGUUGACUUGGGCACGGUCAUAGUGAGAGUCAGAGCCACAGAUGCAGACUCUGGCCUCUUCUCUGUCAUCGAGUACAGCCUAGUAGAUGGAGAGGGCAAGUUUGGCAUCACUCCCUCCACUGGUGACAUCUACAUUCUGUCUCCACUGGACAGAGAGACUAAAGACCACUUCACCCUGACAGCCAUCGCUAGGGACAACCCUGGCGGCAGCCCCAACAACCGACGAGAGAACUCUGUUCAGGUCUUGGUGACCGUUCUGGAUGUGAAUGACUUCCGUCCGCGUUUCUCAGAGCGGGCCUUUGAGACCAGUGUAUUUGAGAACGAGCCCAGUGGGACGUCUGUGAUCACGCUGACUGCCACUGACUUGGACGAGGGGCAGAACGGCCUGCUCUCUUACAGCAUGCAGGGCCCGGGGGCAGAUGCCUUCUCUCUGGAUGCUGACACAGGUCUGGUGCGUUCUCUCCGUCUGCUGCAGUCCUUUGAGCACUUUAACUUGACGGUGGUGGCUACAGACCAGGGAAGACCACCCCUCUGGGGCACCGCCACCUUACACAUCAUCAUCAUAGACGUCAACGACAACAGGCCCAUGUUCGUCAGGCCCACCAACGGCACCAUCAUGCACAUCAUGGAGGAGCAGCCCCCAGGCCUGCUGGUGUAUGAGGUGUUUGCGACAGAUGGGGAUGAAGGGGUGAAUGGAGAGGUGCGCUAUGCUUUCCUCCAGACAGGGGCUGGGAACAGAGACUGGGAUAACUUCCACAUUGAUGCUAUUACAGGAGUCAUCACCACCGCCAUCAAACUGGACCGAGAGAAGCAAGCCCUGCACAGUCUGAUUGUUGUGGCCUAUGACCUGGGUCAGCCCGUGCCUUAUGAGACCACCCAGCCCUUACAGGUUGCGCUGUUGGACAUUGAUGACAACGAGCCUGUCUUCUUUAAGCCCCCGCGAGGCAGCCUGCCGUACCAGACUAUGUCUGUGGCAGAGCACUCUACUCCAGGGACAGUAGUGGGUAACGUGACAGGAGCUGUAGACGCAGAUGAAGGCUCAAACGCUGUAGUCUACUUCUUCAUAGCAGGGGGAGAUACUGAAGGUAACUUUGGCCUGAGCCCAGGGGGCGUACUGAAGGUGAAGAAGGAUCUGGAUCGUGAGGACAUCUCAGUGUACUCCAUCAUCAUCAAGGCCUCCAGCCACAGGAACUGGGCCCCUGCACGGGGUCAAAGGUCAGCCUGGGGAAGAGCACUUGACCCCAGCCGUGACCCAACCCUGCAGGAGGUCAGAAUCUAUCUGGAGGACAUCAACGACCAGCCACCACGCUUCACCAAGCUAGAGUACACUACAGGUGUGGCUGCUGAUGCCAAGGUAGGCUCAGAUCUGAUUCGGGUACAGGCCAUAGACAACGAUGUAGGGAACAACAGUCUGGUGCUGUACCAUGUCCUGUCCAUCCGCUACAUUAAACUCCAGUCCAAUGACACUGAGGACAUAGGAAACAGCUUCAUCAUAGGAGAGACAGAUGGGAUCAUCCGUACCUAUGACCUGUUCACGGCUUACGACCCGGGCUACUUCGUGGUGGAGGUGUUGGCACGGGACCUGGCGGGCCACAGUGACAUCGCCAUGGUGGGCAUCUACAUCCUGCGGGACGACCAGCGGGUGAAGAUCGUCAUCAACGAGAUACCAGAGCGGGUACGACAGUUCCAGGAGGAGUUUAUCAACCUGCUGUCCAACAUCACCGGAGCCAUAGUCAACACGGACGAUGUGCAGUUCCACGUGGACAAGAAGGGCAGAGUGAACUUUGCCCAGACAGAUGUGCUCAUACACGUGGUCAACAAGCACACCAACCGCAUCCUGGAUGUGGAAAAGGUGAUUCAGAUGAUUGAUGAGAACAAGGAACAGCUGAAGAACCUUUUCAGGAAUUACAACAUCCUGGAUGUCCAGCCUGCCGUCAGCGGGAGAGCACCUGAUGACCUUACUACGCUACAGAUGGCCAUCAUUAUCUUAGCUGUGUUGCUCUUCUUGGCAGCCAUGUCAUUCAUCUUCAUGAACUGGUACUAUCGCACAGUACACAAGAGGAAGCUGAAAGCCAUUGUAGCAGGAUCCACAGGGAAGCAAGGUCUCAUGGACAUCCUGGAUUUGCCCAACACCAAUAAAUACUCAUUUGAGGGGGCCAACCCUGUGUGGCUAGACCCGUUCUGUCGGAACCUGGAGCUAGCUGCCCAGGCAGAGCAUGAAGACGACCUGCCGGAAAACCUCAGUGAGAUCACUGACCUGUGGAACAGCCCCGUGCCUACUCACGGAACAUUUGGCCGCAAGCCUCAGGCCAAGCCUGAGGAUGACCGUUACCUGAGAGCAGCCAUCCAGGAGUAUGACAACAUCGCCAAGCUGGGCCAGAUCAUGAGGGAGGGGCCCGUUAAGGGCACAUUGCUCAAUGUGGUUCUGGACGACUACCUGAGGCUCAAAAAGCUCUUUGCAGCCAGACUGGUCACCAAGUCGACCAGCCAAGGCGACCAAUCGUCAGUCACAGAGCUGAUCCAGAGUGACCUGGAUGAUGACGAGGAUGAGCGAGUGAGCAUGGGUGGCAGCUGGGGUACGCUGCGCUUCAAACACAAGCUCCCUGUGGAGAUGAGGGGACCCGACGGCGUGCACGUUGUUCACGGCAGCAUGGGCACGCUCCUGACCUCUGACCUCAACAGUCUGCCUGAGGACAACCAGCUGGCCCUGGCGCGCUCCAUGGAGGCACUUAACGCCACCGACAGGGGGCUGUACACCGAGCACAAUGCCCGUACUGAGUCAGCCAAGUCCACGCCGCUGCACCACAACAACAAGGUCGAUGACACACUGUCCGAGAGCCCGCUGGAGAUCACCGAGUUAUGACUAGCCUCGCUGGUCUGAGAAGAUCCACCACUGAGUGGAGUGUCCUCCUGUCCCCCUGACUCUUCCUCUAUCCUCUCCUCAUAGACUGAGUGUCAGACACUGACCACUGUGACCAGUAUACAGCCAGGAGAGAUUUGGGAAAGCGGGCAGAGGGCCAGGGGUUGGAGGAGGUGGAGUGUGUAUAGUCUGGGAACUUCAAAUGCCAGUGAAGAUCUUUGUGAGCCAUGGAAGGUAUGUGUAAGGGAUUUUAAUUUCAUUUAAUGCCUGAUGGUGGAUCAAAUGCAUAGGCCUGUGUGUCAAUUGAAGACCUGGAACAUAAAAUAGCAAAGCAAACUGAAAGACUUCUAAGAUAAAACAUUUUGAUAAAUAGGACAUUAUGGCCAGCUUGUCUCUUGCAGGAUAUUAUUUGAUCUCUUACACAUUCAGCUAAGAUCCAGGUGCCCAGCUAACAACAUUCCCAAACUUUUAGAGAACAUUCCCUUAAGAGUCUCAUUAGAUCAUUACCCAGUGGUGUAAAGUACUUAAGUAAAAAUACUUGAAAGUACUACUUAAGUCAUUUUUGGGGGAUAUCUGUACUUUACUUUUAAUUUUCUUUAGGAAUGUAGUGAUGUUAAAGUGUGUAUUUUUUGCUCCAUACAUUCUCCCUGACUUCCAAAAGUACAUUACAUUUUGAAUGCUUAUGAGGACAGGAAAAUGGUCUAAUUCACACAAUUAUAUCAA